GAUGUAAAAAAAAGUCAAUUAUAUUCGGUUAUACAACCACUAAGAAACAAACUAUAUUUCCACACUCCAUGGACUUCAUAUUUGUGUUUGUGCCUUCAACUUAAAAGUCAAUUACACCUCUGCUUCCAGCUGAAUUGUCUUAUCAACCAGAUUUCAGUACAGGAGUAAAAUACUAGGACCAUUAUGGUUUGUGCCUGCUUUGGAGCCUCAUCUACAAAGAAGGAAAUACGUCCUUCUUAUAUUUCCAGUGAAAUUGAUGGAUAUCCUCUAGCUGAUGUUAGGCCUUUUUCUGAUAAAGAAUUGAGAUUGGCAACCGAUAAUUAUCAUUUGAGCAAUAAGAUAGGACGGGGAGGUUUUGGUACUGUUUACAAGGGAACUUUGAAAGAUGGAAGAAGGGUAGCAGUGAAGACCCUUUCAGUUGGAUCAAAGCAGGGAGUUCGUGAAUUUUUGACUGAGAUUAAAACUUUGUCAACUGUUAAACAUCCAAACCUCGUUAAAUUGAUUGGAUUCUGCAUUCAAGCACCUAAUCGCGCACUAGUCUACCAGUAUAUGGAAAAUGGCAGCAUUUAUAGUGCAUUACUUGGCACAAAGAAGACAAAUAUCAAACUAGACUGGCAAAAAAGAUCUGCUAUUUGCCUUGAUACUGCUAAGGGUCUUGCUUAUCUCCAUGAAGAGCUUGUGCCGCAUAUUGUGCACAGAGACAUCAAAGCGAGUAAUGUACUACUCGACAGAGACUUUAAACCGAAAAUAGGUGAUUUUGGGUUGGCUAAAUUAUUUCCAGAUGACAUCACUCACAUUAGCACAAGAAUUGCUGGAACAAGUGGUUACUUAGCACCAGAAUAUGCAUUAGGUGGCCAGUUAACUAAAAAGGCUGAUGUAUUUAGCUUUGGGGUUCUUAUUCUUGAAAUAAUCAGUGGCACAAGCAGCGCGAGGACAAACAGGACAGGGUCACAUAAACUCUUCUUGGAAUGGGCCUGGGAACUUUAUGAAGAGGGUAAGUUGUUAGAGCUAGUAGAUCCAGACAUGAAAGAAUAUCCUGAGAAAGAGGUGACUAGGUACAUGAAGGUUGCACUUUUCUGCACUCAAUCAGCAGCAAGCAGAAGGCCAUUGAUGACUCAGGUGGUUGAUAUGCUCUCCAAGGAAAUCCAGCUCAAUGAGAAAGAGCUUACAGCACCAGGAUUCUUCAUGGAUGCAAUACAAUUUUCUCAAAAGAAAUCAUACCCUGACUCUUCAAUUAGUCAGAUAAGAGAUGGACAUGUUAGCAUUACUAUGGUGAACCCACGGUGAUGCCUAAAAUAAUUCCUAAUGUAAUUUGAGUGGAAGAGUUGCAAAAUGAAAUAGAUUAUCUUCUAUUAUUCUGUUUCAUUUUUCUUUUCAAAGAAUAUAACGUGGAAUACAAGCAAUUUCUUGCUAGUGCAAGUUAAAAGUAGUACAAAUGUAUUUGCCAUUUUUCUGAGACUAGUUUUGUGGACUGUGGUUAAGAUUGGAAAUUGAGGAGAUGAGUCUGCUUUAAUAUCAAAUCAUAUAUAGA